GGCUUCAGUUGUGUUUACCGCUCAGUGUGUACCGUUGCUGCCAUCAGGUGUGACCCAAAACUGUGACUGUGACUGCGAUUCGCUGUGACCAGCCGUGACUCUCGUGCGUCGUGCUUAUUUGUUGUGACUCCCGGUGGCGUAUGCUUGAUUUGUGUGCCGCCCAGGCGUAUGCUUGAUUUAAGGCGCGUUCUAGGCAACGUUCUUGCAGUGCAUCCUCAGGGAUAUCAACACAAAUAAUAAUAACAACAAAAACCAUCAUUGAAUUGUGCCGCUCCUUUGAAGUUAAUCCACAGAUAUUCUCACACACACUCUGGAUGGUAGUGUGUAGUGCGGUCGCUUUGUGUGGUAGUGAGGUUGUGUCUGUGUGUGUGUAAUGCGUAUGUAAUCCAAGCAAAUCUGUCACGUGUUUUGGAUAUCUUUUUCUGAGGCCGCCGAACAAAGCCCGGGAAUUUAUUGAAAAAUCGCACAAAGAUAAAUGCGCUAAACAAACGGAAACGGAAAACGACCAAAAUCCAAUCAGAAUCAAAGGGCCACUGGGAUACUUAGACCCGGAGACAGAUGUUGCUGUGCUCCCAGGAUCGGCAAAACAGUGAACAUGGCCCAGAGCCAAUGGUUAUUGAUGGUCCAAAGAGAGCAAAUCACUGUUGAAGCACCGAAGCACUAAAGCCGUAAAGAACCGAGUCGGAAAGAAAUAUUAAACAAAUUAUGGACAGCAACGCGAUUCUCGGGCAAUAAAGUUGGCCAUAAAACACACAGUUGAUACCGUGCCGAACAAUAAAAGACGAAAAACUAUUAUUUGACAAACUGUCAGCGGAGUCACUCGAAAGUAAAAUUGUGAACGUUUGCAUAAAGUCGCGGGGUAGCUUUUUUUCCCAAGGAAAAUCUCGAACGUUGGCACACGUUGCGUAUACGCCGCGUUGGCAGUUCAGCAGUUCCGCAGUUUUCCAGGAGGUGUUAAAUGCGUUUGCAAAUCGCUGCUGGAGCAGUAGCUCCCGCGACCACAGUUCCCCGCAGAUCCUCCACUGGAAAGUGCCAGUGAAAGUGCCGAGCUCUGCACUAUUUCCGCGCAACUGAACACUAACGCUCUCGCUCCCUCGCGGGAGGGGAUGCGCUCCUGGAAAAGUCGCAGUCGAUCCGAAAUGCAAACUCUCGAAACGAGAACGCGGCCCCUACAGGGCGCCCAGCUAGCCCAGCUCCUCCUCGGUAGCAUCCUCUGUCUCACAAUCGCAUCGCACACACAGACCUCGGCGGAGGCGGCAGGCGGGAAUGGAUCUGGAUCUGGAUCCGGAGGAGAGGCAGGGACAUCGUCGUCAUCGGCAGCCUCCACCGCCAUCAGUUCCGAUGAGAGCAGCGACCCAUCAUCGGCGACCGCAUUUUCCAGCUUGGCUCAAGUGUCCUCGCUUCUGCCGGAGGCAUCCGCCCUGUUGGCGACAUCGGGACUCGUGGAGCCCUAUCUGGAUGGCUAUGCCACCUCCAAUGUGACCACUCAGAUCGGGACACACGCGUAUCUGCCCUGUCGGGUCAAACAGCUGGGCAACAAAUCGGUAUCCUGGAUUCGCCUGCGAGAUGGACACAUCUUGACCGUUGACAGGGCCGUCUUCAUAGCCGACCAGAGAUUCCUGGCCAUCAAGCAGCCGGACAAGUACUGGACCCUGCAGAUCAAGUACGUGCAGGCCCGGGAUGCAGGGUCCUACGAGUGCCAGGUCUCCACGGAGCCGAAAGUGAGCGCGCGUGUCCAGCUGCAAGUUGUGGUGCCCCGCACGGAGAUCCUGGGAGAACCGGACCGCUACGUGAAGGCGGGCAGCAACGUGGUGCUACGCUGCAUCGUGCGCGGCGCCUUGGAGCCACCCACGUUCAUCAUGUGGUACCACGGCACAGAGCAACUGGCGGCCGACUCCCGCCGCCACCGCACGCAAAUGGAUCCCAACCUACCGGAGGCCUCCGGCGAUGGCCAGAGCACGAUUGGCUCAUUAAUCAUCGAGUCGGCCAAGAAGCGCGAUACUGGCAAUUACACAUGUAGCCCGUCGAAUAGCCGCAGUGCGACCGUAACGCUGAACAUAAUAAAUGGCGAAUCUUCGGCCUCGGCGGUCACCUCAUCGGCAGCCACCACCCGGGCCUACGCCCUCAGCAUCCUGGCCCUCCUACUCGGCGUCAUCAUCAUCGGAGUGGGCCACCGCACAUGACAAGUCACUGCCGCCAAGCCAAACUGAAUGGCCGGAAGCACAGCAACUACUAGAAAGUGAGAAGAUGGGAAGCCCAACACUCUGCCAACGUAAAAAGUAUAAAACCAAAUUAAUUUGAUAGACCCAAAUAGCAAAAGAGCGAGACGAAAGAAAAGAGGAGAAUGGAGAGAUUUAACGUAAUAAUCGAGUGCAUGUUGUAAGCUAGUUGAUUUUAUCCACUAACUAAUAACCAAUACAUAUAGAGGAUGAGUCCGUAAUCCCCAAGAUUACCGCAGCCAGUUUCGAGAAUCCCGAACCCCAGCUAAUAGUAAGUUCUAACGGCUCUAAGCGAACUAGUUAGUAAGCCCCUAGUCUUAGGCAGUCUCCUAACUGAAUUUGUUGUUUGGUUUUUGUUUAGGUUUAUUUUCGUAUUUGGUUAUGCUUGCGGGGCCUCUGUUUUGUGGAAAAUACCGAGUAAGUUUGCAUAAACGCAUAACCGUAAAUAUUUAUGCAGUCCGAUGUGAAAUUGCAUCGAUAUCCUGAAUCCAUUCGGGUCGCAUGAGCGAGCCAGGAAGGGGCGAUGGACUCCGGGAAAUUCCUGCCAUCAAACGAAUGCGUUUUUGGAAAAACUCAACUCGAAUUUGCAUGGCAAUUUGAGUCUGGAACAACAUUGGCAGUCUCCUUCCUAUGUGGCGACAUGCUGAACUUUUCAAUUAGCCAUAUCUCCCGCACUCUUCGCACACUUUCUCCCCCUCUCUCUCUCACUCUCUCUGACAGUUAGUUUUGAAUAUUUAUUAUUUUUAGCAAAUACCGGACUGUGUCGUCCUCUGUUGACCUUGUUUCUUGUCGAGAGAUGCAACUUCCUUUGCCAUUAAACUCACCUAAAAUGUUAUACCUUCGAAUAGGCCGUCCCAGGAAAUUCAGAGAGUCGGAGAAGUUCUGUAUGAUUUUUAAGGAGUUUAUUUAACAUUAUCUUUGGUAAGCAGAACACCCACAAAUAUGAACUUUCCGACAUGUGUGUGCGACAUCGCAAACAUUUGCAUAGCCAAUUUAUGGAACUCUAUUUUAUGUGCUCUUAUCUCACGAACAAGCUCGAAACAUGCGACAAAAAACCAAAUUCAUAAAGUAAAUAAUUGCGUAAGGAACAAAAAAUUAUAGCAAAUACAUGUGCAUUGAUCGAAAUGGACAACGGACAACGGACUACGGACAACGGACAUCCAACAUCCAACAAAACAGAAAACAGAAAACAGAAAUGCAAACAAAAACAAUUUAAUUGAUAACGAAAGUAAAUUUAUUGAAUUGGGCGGACUGAAUCGCGAACUGUAUAUAACUCUAUUGCGAAAUCGUUCAACAAAAAUGUAAAUUAAUUGAAUAUACAAAUAAUAUAAAUGGCAGAAUCCAACCAGAGAGACGUAUUCCAAACACUAAUGAAUUGCAUUUAAACGAUACAAAUAAAUAUAUAAAAUAAAUAAAUAAAUAGCAGGCAGGCAGGAGACAAAGGCGGCCAAGAAAUAAAUAAAACGAAAUCAAACGGACAAAAUGUAAACAUCGAUUGCAACGCGAACCCGCAGGCCCGCCUCGUAUUUAUUUAUCCACUUAACGUCCUUUUUAAUUACACACACACACACCCGAACACACACUCCCCCAACCAUUGCAAAUCCCAUAAAAAUCGCCUGAAAUUAAUUAAAGUUGUCUCAGCUCCUACGUGGAAAUCGAGGCUGCAGCGUCAACUUAAUUGCAAUUAGGUGCAGGCCACACACACACACACACACAUAACAUGCCCCCACUCUCGCACAAACAAUACCCUCAAAGCGGCAUUAAUUAUGUGUGCGAUUGUCCCAAGGCGCCGCUUGUCACACCCUGCGUAUACUUGAUGAUGCGCUCGCCUUUGAGCGUUUAACAAAUUGAUCCAGGGCCAAGUUAACCGCAAGCAGCUGUGAGCCAACGCAAACACGCUCAGCAGAUGGGCGAGAAAAAAGCCACGGGAAUAAAUUUCUGCGGUCAAUAUUACAGCCGGGAAAGUGGGGCUGGAGAGGGUUAAUUUAACUGGGAUUCUUUUCACGGGUGUGGACAAUUAACACAUUCCGGCUUGCAUGCAUCAAAUGCUCGCGGUCUGCGGCUAACCGCCUUUGAGCCACCCUAUUACACACCCUCACACCUACUCAACUUUCAUUUCCACUUUUAUUUUCCCUCCAAAAAGCCACCAACAACAAGCAGCCCCAUUGGACAGCCUAUAAAAGUGAAUGUUGAACAAUGAAACUUUGUUAGAAUUAAGCGGCGUACAUAUAUGAACCAUAGCAAGUACUAUACAAAUCGAAAUCAAAAUACAUUUCUAAGCUCUUAAGUGUUUUUCAUCAACUCGAUUAACGGUAUAGACGCCAUACGUGUAAUUAUCAACACCCCUCCCCCUAAGAAAUAAAAUUAAUAAUAAUUGUAAAUAAAUCGCAUUACACGCCCCUAACGUCCCGAUUUCGAAGCGAGGUGUGGACAUUACUUUUUAAAGACAGACACUCGAACUCACGUGUACUCAUGAUAUAGCAAAGUUUAUUGUUAAGUACCGACUAAUAACGAAUGGAAAUACUUACACACAUACAUAUGUAAACGAAACUAAGAACUAUGUGAAACUUUAACUGACAAAUUUAUUGCAUUACAUACAAUAAAAUAAUAAAAUUGAAUAA